AUCAACAAAUUGAGUAUUCACAAUGUUCCAUGUCUUUGUGAUAUGUAGAAAGCCAUACUCUUUGCAACUGUUCUGCUUACAAUAUUUAAUAUAGGUAUUUAACCUCCACCUCUCCACCUUUUCCUUCCUAAUCCUUUUGCUCUUAAGACCCCCAAAUCAGUGGAAGCUAUUAUGUAAGCCACUUUGCCUUAUCUGAUAUCACACAAUGUAUAUUCCAUAUAAGGUCCCAAUUACCUCCUUUUUGUUGUUCAUUGAAGGACAGCAGAAAAAAUAUAUAUAUACACCUCGCAUUCUUUGUUAGUGAGGGGAGAACUGUCAUCCAACCGAUCGUCACGAGGCGGCCCGUGUCGUCACUCUGCCCGCUCUAUAAAACUCCCCCCGACUCACUCACCUGGUUAGACAAACACCUCUGUAAUCUACAGCUGUGCGCACGCUUUUGUUAUUGUCAAUACUUUUAACAGCUUCUUUAGUUGGCAAAUUGAAGGAAUUUUUAAAAUUCUGACAGCCCUAAAAGUUUUAAAAUACCAUUUUUGUUUAUGAAUCUUGCAAGUUUUUCGUAUUUCACGGGCAUGUGUAACAUGACGGCAGAGUCCCAGCACUCACCCGCCGAGGCGGCCAGUCCAGUGGUGGUGUCUCCCAACGUGAGCCUGGACUCCCCGAUUCCUCUUCCUCCACCAGCGUUAAACCACCAAGCUCGAACCAAGGACGGUGUUCUCAUCAAAGCAGAGCUCCGGGGCAGCAGUCCAAAUACAGACAGGGAGGAAGGGGCUUCAUUGGGUCAAACAGAGGAACAUCUGCCCGCCACUGGCAGCCGGCGGAGGAAAAGGCCAGUGCAGCGAGGUAAACCUCCCUACAGUUACAUCGCACUGAUAGCAAUGGCUAUCGCCAAUUCACCUGAGAGAAAACUCACUCUAGGCGGCAUCUAUAAGUUCAUCAUGGAACGCUUUCCUUUUUACCGCGAGAAUUCCAAGAAGUGGCAGAAUUCCAUACGGCAUAACCUCACCCUCAACGACUGUUUUGUGAAGAUCCCGCGUGAGCCCGGUAGGCCCGGCAAAGGAAACUACUGGACGCUCGACCCUGCCGCUGAGGACAUGUUCGACAACGGGAGUUUCUUGCGACGGAGGAAGCGCUUCAAGCGGACUGAUGUGAGCACAUACCCAGGGUACAUGCAGAACUCGAGCGCUUUCACGCCCACAUCUAUGGGUAGACAGGCGUACACCAACACUUUGUACCCGGGUGUAACGUCUGGCUACGGGACUCAGUUGGCUGGGUCCCCGCACCCGGCGAUGCUGCAUCACUAUCAGGCAUCAGCCGGGGUCACGCAGGGCCAGCCUAGGAUGUUCAGCAUUGAUAACAUUAUUAAUCAGCAGAUCAUGAUGCAAAGUGGAGGAGAUCUCAACCCGCAGUCUCUGGGACUGGGUGUUGGAGACUUGGGUGCCAUGACCUCCAGCUGUUCCGUAUCCACCUCAGACCCGACCUGCUUUCAGACACAACCGAUAAAUCCAACGAGCAACAUGCUGAACAGGAACACUGGACCUCUUGCUUCAAACAUGACAACCAGCUACACGUACCCCUCCUCGGCUUCGCCCACUCACCUGUCCGGGGUCACGCAGUCCAGCUUCUCACCGGGAGGUUCACAGGUGUACUGUUCGGGAAACAGGAUUUCGCUGCCCCCUGUGCGUUCUGGGUCGUGUGCAGAUCAUACAGAACCACUUUUAGGUCUCUCCGGACCAACAAUGAACUCGUACAAUAAUUCAUAUAUGAGACAAGCCAAUUUUGCCUCAGGACUGGAGCGAUACAUGUGAAAAUGGCCCCAAGAUUGAGUUUUUGUUAUGUAACAAAAGUUGUGUACCGUGUGACAGAAUUAACCAGUUGUAUAAAAUGUAUAAUUACAGUUCUGUUAUUGAUAUGUAAUCCGAAACAUUUGUUUGACUUGAUAUCAGUGGACCAGCAACCCCCUGAACAAUGUAAAUAUUUUAAGCAAAUAAAUGUUUUUGUGUAAUAAUUUUUCGUUUGUUCUAUAUUUUAACUUACUCGUUCAGAACAGUUUGAUUCAAUAAUAUACAUAACGACAACAAGAAUACGUAUAAUCUUGCAACUUUAAUGUUUCCAUUAUAAAAUUAGUCCGUAUUUAAUUGUUUAAUUAAUAUUAAAUUUAAUUAAAACGUUCGGUCAGUUGAUAUAGUCUAUCUGUGGGUUUUCUCUAGAGAAACAAAUCAAAAUUACAAUUCAGAAUUAAUCCCCCACCCCCUGGUUAGACACUUGCGCCUACAGAAUAAUAUGUUAAACAAAAUAUUCAUGCACUUUAUUUUGUCUUCAAUCACAACGCCCACAUAUUUUGCUGGUGAGGGAGCGACAUCGACUGGUUUUUUGGAAUAAAUAUAUUUUAUUUGUAUUUAUUUAGACUAUAUAAGUAAAACCUAGAUUAAGAGCAUUUCACAUAAAAUCCACUAGGUGUCAGUCACCACCAAAUUAUGACCAAUAUUGGGUUCCUCAAUAGCCUAAGAACGUUUAAAGACAUGGUUGACUAUGAAAACGUUUUAUCACAUAGACAACAUGACACUUCAAUGUGACGAAGCUUUUUCUUUUUCAUCACUGAAAAGUCAUUAUUUUCGACAAUAAAAUAUUUUGCUAAAAUAAAUGUUAAAACAAUACUAUUAGGCUACUCUCUUUUUAAAGUAGGCUAUGUUUUCAAUUUUUAAAGAAGCACAAA